CAGAUUAAUUUUUUUCUUAGUAAAGCUUUCGCUCUAUGUAUUGCGUCAUAUUCGAGUUUCGCAGUUCUCAGGUUCCACCUUUCCAUGCCUCCAGUUAUGCAGUGCUCUGGCUCCAAUCUUUGUUAGCAUCCGUUCAUGUUUGCUGGGCAAUUAGCGAAUUUCGUCGGUCCUUAGUACUACAGCGCCAAAUGAAACGGUAUUUCUCUAACCUCACAGCAAAAGCAUCAUGCAUUAGAGAACACUCUAGCUGCUCACCGCUAAGACGGAGCCAGGAUACAGAUCGUGCGGAAAGCCUAAGUCCUUCCAAAAUGUUUGCCCCUGAAAUGUGCCCUUCAAAUGCACGUAGCGGGCCACGAGCAACUUCAAGGUUAAGCGUCAAGGACUAGCAUGGUUUGAAUAAUAGCCCGCGGUCAACAUACAGAGGCCACUCCGUUUUGAGUAAGCCCACAAUCUCCUCCAGACAUCAUGUUGAGUAGCUGGUGUGUGCAAAAGUGCAAAUGUUUACAUGAGAACGGUCGGCAGCAGAUAGGAUUGAAAAAAUGCGGGAGGUUGCCGUACGUCAUUGGCCUCCUUUUAAUUCAGCUAAUCUGUGCCUUAUCAUAUCAAUGCUGUGUUGCUCAGUUGUAUUUGUCUAUUAGUUGGUUUCUGGCCUGAAAUUUAUCAACUGGAUUUGGUCGCUUUCAUCCUGCCCAAGUCGCACUAUGGCUGACCAUUACCGUGCUCUCCUUCAGUCCAGCUCGGGCAGCGAUGCUAGUGCUACUGCUCCAUUCUUUGGUUUCAUCGGCGCUGCUGCGGCGCUGGUGUUUUCAUGCAUGGGCGCCGCUUACGGCACAGCCAAGUCUGGCGUGGGCAUUGCAUCUAUGGGUGUCAUGCGUCCUGAGCUGGUUAUGAAGAGCAUCGUGCCCGUGGUCAUGGCUGGUGUGCUUGGCAUUUACGGUCUGAUUAUCGCUGUGAUCAUCUCUACCGGCGUGAACCCGGUAAAGUACCAGCUCUUUGAUGGUUUCGCUCACCUUGCAUCUGGGUUGGCUUGCGGUCUGGCGGGAUUGGCUGCUGGCAUGGCUAUUGGGAUUGUUGGUGAUGCUGGCGUCAGGGCGAACGCGCAGCAACCGAAGUUGUUCGUAGGUAUGAUUCUGAUCCUCAUUUUCGCUGAGGCGCUGGCUCUGUAUGGUCUGAUUGUUGGGAUUAUCCUUUCGUCCAAGGCCGGUGCUGCUGCAACCGCGGAGUAACAUGACAAUCCAAUGGUGUCUGGGAUCUUAACGGCGAAGGGUAUGGAUUUCACGUUUUACUUGGCAGUCUUGGGCUUUUACCUUAUCUUCCAAGUCGUGUAGGUCGCUUACAUGAGGCAGAACUUCUCGGGCAGCGUGGACUGGUGUGACGCAAGUGACAUCUUGGAGGGACGCUGGCAUGGGUAGUAGUGAUGCAUGCCGUAGAUGUGCAUAUGACGGCUAUCCUUUGCAACUUGCGUCCUAUGAUCUAUGCGGCGUGUGUAUGCUUAUCCGUGAGAACCUAAUCAUUCUCCUGUCUUCGGACUUUGUACUGCUGUAACUUCGCUGGUAAAUUAUAUGCGGCUCUUUUAUAAUCUCCUGGUGGCACUGGGGACCAUUACCGGUGCUGGGUGGUCCAUGGUGUAUACGCAGAAUCUUCUGCUAAUGCUUUCCGUUCGGUAAGUACUGCUGCAGCUUUCAAGAGAGGAACUGAUGUGUAGACUGACGAUUAAAAGGCGUGUAAUGGUCCUUUGGGCUUACACGGCAGUGGCUCGGGCGGUCAUUCUGUUCACCGGUCGUUUCCCUUGCUUGCCUUUUCGAGGCUUUUAAAUUUUUAUGGCUCAG